AACUUGUUGGCACCUAAAACUGUCGCCAUGGCGUCCUUGAGGCACGCCUCACCUCAUCGGCCCCUCUUUCAUGGGCACCAACCCUCCAAUAUUCUUGGCCGCAAGACUCAGCUAUUCCUGCAACCACGAAUGCAUCGGGCCGUACUUGCCGCGCGUAGCGGCGACAGCGGCGGCGCAGCAGGAAGGGAGAAGCUACUGGAACUAGAAGACAGGGUCAGGGAGGAGCUCCUCAACGCCGGCGAGCCGUCGCCGUCGUCCUACGACACGGCAUGGACCGCCAUGGUGCCGGCGCCGGGGUCACCGCUGGCGCCGCGCUUCCCGCGGUGCGUGGACUGGAUCCUUCGGAACCAGCGCGCCGACGGGUCGUGGGGGCCGGCCGGCGACUCCAGCGAGCCCUCGCUUGGCAAGGCCGCGCUCUCGUCGACGCUGGCGUGCGUUCUCGCUCUCAGGACGUUUGGCGUCGGCGACGAGCACGUCGGGAAAGGCCUCCGUUUCAUCGGGCACAACUCGUCCUUUGUGGCGGACGACAAGUGCGACACGCCGGCAGGGUUCAACGUCAUCUUCCCCGGCAUGCUGGCGCGCGGCCUCGGUAUGGGACUGGAGAUCCCUCUGGCCCAUGGUGACAUUGACAGCAUCCUCCGACUGCGUGACACGGAGCUAAAAAGCAUGGGUUCUGGAAGUAAAACUUUCAUGGCCUAUGUAGCAGAAGGUUUGGGUAGCUUGCUAGACUGGGAUCAGGCGAGGGCGUACCAGAGGAAGAACGGGUCCUUCUUCAACUCACCGGCAACAACGGCGGCAGCUGCGAUCCACAACCAUAACGGGAGAGCGCUGGACUACUUGGAUUCCCUCAUCAGCAAGUUCGGCAGCUCAGUACCUACUGUUUAUCCACGGAACAUGUACUCCCAGCUUCGCGUGGUGGACACCUUGGAAAAGAUGGGAAUCUCUCCGAGCUUUUCCAGUGAAAUAAACAACAUACUUGAGAUGAUAUACAGCUCCUGGCUGGCCAAUGAUGAGGAGAUAAUGCUGGACAUGACGACAUGCGCAAUGGCGUUCCGCCUCCUUCGUUUGCACGGAUAUGAUAUUGCAUCCGAAUGGUUGGCCCAGUUCAGCGAAGAAUCUAGUUUCCAUGAAUCAGUACAAGGGCAUCUGAAUGAUACCGAAGCGUUGCUGGAAUUGUACAAAGCUUCACAGGUUCAGAUUAUGGAGGACGAGGCGAUCCUUGAAAACAUCGGUUCUUGGUCAGCUGAACUUCUGAAGCAGCAACAAUGUUCCAACAAGAUAUCAAGAUCUGUAGACCCUGCAGAGGUAGAACAUGUGCUGAAAUUCCCCUUCUACGCCACCCUAGAUCGGCUGGAACACAGGUGGAACAUUGAACAUUUCAAGGCAGGGGGCUUCCAGAUGCUAAAAUCAGCAUACCGUGCUUAUCACGCAGAUGAAGAAAUUGUAGCUCUAGCUGCCGAUGAGUUCCAUUCCUCCCAGGCUUUGUACCAACAAGAGCUUCAGACCUCCAGAGGUUCAUAAUUAACAUAGCUUAUUUACCUUCUGUUGUUUCAAAACAGUAGCUCAUUUAACGUUUUAAUUAACAGCUGGGUGAAAGAGGUGAGGCUGGACGAGCUCGAGUUCGCACGAAUAAUGCCGCUGCACACCCUCUUCUCCGCUGCUUCCACCAUGUUCGCUGCCGGGCUAUCCGAGGCUCGCAUGGCAUGGAGCAAGAUGUGUGUGCUGACGACUGCCAUGGACGACCUCUUCGACACCGUGGGAUCCAAGGAGGAGCUCGAGAACCUCGUCACCUUGAUCGACAUGUGGGACGCACACGAAGAAGCUGGCUUCUGUUCCGAGCGCGUGGAGAUCGUUUUCCGCGCCAUCUACGAGACGAGCAACCAGGUCGGAGCGCAGGCCGCGGUGGUGCACAACCGAAGCGUCAUCGGCCACAUCACCGAGCUUUGGGCGGAGGCGGCGACGGCGAUGAUGGCGGAGGCGGAGUGGAGGAUGACCGGGCACGUCCCGUCCAUGGAGGAGUACAUGGCGGUGGCCCUGCCGUCGUUCGCGCUGGGCCCGAUCGUCCCCGUGUCUGCCUACCUCGUCGGGCCGGAGCUGCCGGAGGCCGCGGUGCGGUGCCCGGAGUACGGCGAGCUGUUCCGGCACAUGAGCGUGUGCGGACGCCUCGUGAACGACCUCCGGUCGUACGAGAGGGAGGCGGCGCAGGGGAAGGUCAACAGCGUCCUGCUGCUGGCCGCCGAUCCUCCCCGCAGCGGCGGCGACCUCGAGGCGUCGAAGAGGGAGAUGAGGAGCGCCAUCGAGGCAUCCAGGAGGGAGCUCCUGAGGCUGGUGGUCGGAGAGGAUGGGGGCGCGGUGCCACGGCCGUGCAGGAGGCUGUUCUGGAACAUGAGCAAGGUUGUUCACCUGUUUUACAUGGAGGGAGAUGGCUAUGCGUCUCCCAAGGAGAUGAUGCGCGCGGCGAACGCGGUGGUGCUCGACCCGCUGCGGCGGCUGCCAGGGAAGAUGAGGAUCGAUUCUCGGGGCACGUCCUCGUUUCUCAACUUUUGAAACAUAGUUUUGGAAGUUUUGGUGCUUGUGUGGUACUAAUUAACUUGAGUGUGUAUACAAGGUUGAUCCGUGGGAGCCCAUUAUCAGGGAAACUGUUCAUUCCAUGUGAGCCCAUCUAACAAGAGCAAUCCGUGUUAGCUC